AUGCUUCGCGAAUGUCUGACGACUAUCCCGCCUCCCGCACACCCUCGUCGCUCGGCGCAAUCUGGCUGCUCGUUCCGCUCUUUCUCGCUUCUGUGUUUCCUCCUCCCCGUGUACCUUGCUCCCCGUGUACCUUGCUCUCAAGCCUCUCUGCCACGCUGCUCCGUCCCCCUCUUCCUCUCCAGAAUUGACUUGCUCUCCCCUUACUAUCACCAGCCCUUCCCCCCUCUCGCCCCCCUCCUCUCAGCCUGCCAACGGUUUUCCCUGGCGGACAUGCUAACCGCGACGAACCACUGGGCACCGCAGAUGCACCUGGGCGACGACGGCUACCGCGACCUGUUCAGGGGCGUGGACCCGCGCGACGGCGCCACCCCUUGGCUCCUCAAGCGCUGCCGCUUCCGCGAAUUCGAAGAGUUCCAAGCGAAGCUUGCCGUCCUCGAGGUGGUGGAGAUGGACAAGAACCACCCCAACCUGCUGCGCCUGCUGGGGUACUGCCAUGAGCGUGACAGGCAGGGCCUGUGGGUGCAGGUGCUGGUGUACGAAUUCUUGACUGGCGGCAGCCUGCUCGACAAGUUUGGACUGGAUGCCCAGGGCGUGCACCCAUCCAAGGGGCUCACGCCGCAAUACACGUCGCCAAACCCGCCGCUGCCGAUGCGCCUGUCCGCCGCCCGCCCAGCCGUCGCACGCAGCACGUCCGCCAUGGCCACCUGCUGGCAUAGCAGCGGCGCCGGGGGGAGAGUGGAGGAGCAGGAGCAGGAGCAGGAGCAGGAGGAGGAGGAGGAGGAGGAGGAGGAGGAGGAGGAGGAAGCUGCAAAAGAGGAGCGGAAGGAUUAG